AAUCUACCGAUCGCAGGCAACUUCGCCCAUGCAUCCAACAUUGAGCGACUGCGAUAUCACGAUAGUGACAUUCGAUCGAGUAUUCACGCACAGUCACUUUCGGCAAAGCAUACGCAAGAUAGCCUACGGAUACAUCGAGCGAGUCAAAGUUUCCAAGGUCCGAGUGCAGCGAGCCACGUGCGUUUCACAGCACCGCUGUUUGACUCGACCAAACACAAGCAUUUGACGACGACAACUCCAGUAGAUGCAAGUCGUCGACAACUCCGAGUAGUCCACUGUGAUUCACGCAUACCGCUUGAGCCAAGCCUCCGUCUCGUCGACUGCCCUCGCCAUGUCGAACCAAGCCGUCGGCAAUGUCUACCAGUCGGUCAUCGACGAGGUGAUUAACAGUUCCCGCGUCGAUUUUGAGGAGAGCGGCAUCGAAGAAUCAGUGCUGGAGAUGCUGCGACAGGGAUGGCAAAAGAAACUUUCACAACUAGACGUAGCCCGUUUUCCUUGGGAUCCCGAGCCCCAGAAGCCUGAACCCCCGCCUCAACCAGUCGUACAAGCUGCUCCCCCAGCCGUACCAGCACCUGUUCAUUCACAAGCAACUUUCUCACCACCUCUUCCACACCCUGAGCCGCCCAGUGCUCCCCAGAAUGGCAUUAAGCAGGAGCCCCAUGGCCAGGAUGAGGCGGGGCCCACCAUCAAGAGAGAGCCAGGUCACCACCUUCCCAUGCCACCUCCCAUGAGCUUUGGUGGCAUGGACAACAACGUGGCUGCGCACCGAGCUGCACAAAAUCUUCAGCAACAAUAUGGUGAGCGAGCCGUCAACUCUAUCAAUGCCAUCCAGCAAGGGCACCACGCGGGUCACCAACAGCAGCAGCAUCAGCAAGGACAGCAAGGACAGCAAGUCACAGACCCACAGGUCGCCUAUCGUCAACAAAUGGCUGCGGCCACGGCUGCUCAACAACAUGCGUCCAAUGGACAGGGCCACUUGCACCAUUCCCAGACCGACGGCGCCGGCGAGGUUGACAGUGAUGGAGAAGAAGAAGAUUUUGACGCUAUUCUGUGUCGCAAGAACGAGGCGGGCGAGCUGCAGGCCAUGGGUCGCGUCGAGAUUGAUCGCAUUCUGCACAAACAAUUCGCGUCCAAGGCCAAGGCUAUGGAAGGCGGCGGCCUGAUGCUGCCCCUCGAAGAGGCCACCCGCCACAAGACGAUGCCGGUCUCCAAGCGGAAAGGCAAAGGCGUCGCUCGAUAUGACGGCGACGACGAUGAUGAGGAAGAAGACGAGGAUGCGAUCAACUCUGAUUUGGAUGACCCGGAUGACGUCGGGCCCGACGACGAUGGCGAUGAAGACGGGCUAGGACACAUGAUGCUAUGCAUGUACGACAAGGUCCAGCGGGUCAAGAACAAGUGGAAGUGCACUCUCAAGGACGGCGUGCUCACGGUGAAUGGCAAAGAAUACGUCUUCCACAAGGCCACGGGUGAAUAUGAGUGGUAAACGCUCAACCUGUCCGGCGGUGCCCACAGACACGGGGAUGCCAUGAGCUCAAAACCUAAAAGCCUGGCAUGGUCCUCGGGAUUAUGUGGUGACGAGAAAGCUACUGCGAGCAAGGCGAUCAUUCAUCACGGGGUGAUAACGUACUUUUCAAGUCGGCAAACCGCGUCUCUGUCGAUUUGGGCAAUCGGAUGCAGUGAGCGGCGAUGAGGGGCGAUAAGCCGUAUGCACAUCGCCCGAGAGGAUCAAGAAUGUGAUAACGCGCCCUUUGCUACUUUCUUCAUUCAUCGAAAUCUGAAUACCAUCAAUAUAAGCGGAAUUUUUCGAGUAU